AUGUCUACCAAGCACUUCAUCAACGACCCGACUCACCUCGUCAACACGGCCCUCCACAGCCUGACGCUGACAAACCCCAACGUUGCCCUCGACCCGGCCAACAAAAUCAUCUACCGCCGUCCAACCGGCGAUGCCCCGCAAGUGUCCAUCGUCUCGGGCGGAGGAUCCGGCCAUGAGCCGUCCUUUGCAGGCAUGGUUGGCCCGGGCAUGCUCUCUGCCGCCGUGGCGGGGACCAUCUUUGCGAGCCCGUCUGCGGAGCAGGUGAGGACGGGCAUCAUGUCACGGGUGGACACGGACAAGGGCGUGCUGGUCGUGGUGAUGAAUUAUACGGGCGACAUCCUCAACUUUGGCAUGGCUGUGGAAAAGGCCAUUGCGGCUGGCAAGCAGGUCGAGAUGGUCGUUGUGGGCGACGACGUUGGCGUGGGGAGGAAGAAGACGGGCAAAGUGGGAAGACGAGGAAUCGCGGGGACCGUGCUGGUGCUCAAGAUUGCGGGUGCUCUCGCCGCGCAGGGACGAUCGCUGCAAGACGUGGCAAAGGUUGCUCGGCUGGUGGCGUCCAACCUCGUCAGCGUCGGCGCCAGUCUGGAGCAUGUUCACGUUCCCGGACGGGUCGUUGAUACCAGCGAGGGCCUGGCGCCGGAGGAAGUCGAGGUCGGAAUGGGCAUUCACAACGAGCCGGGGUCGAGUAGGGAGAAGAUGGAGCUGCCGCAGCUGGUGGAGAGGAUGCUUGCCCAGCUGCUCGACCAGAGCGACAAGGACCGAGCUUUUCUAAACGUCAACUCGAACGAGGUCGUUCUGCUCAUCAACAAUCUCGGAGGUGUUAGUGUUCUGGAGCUGUGCGGCAUCACGGCGGAAGUGGUGAAGCAGUUGAACGACAAGUAUAACAUUCGACCAGUCCGCAUCAUCAGCGGCACGUUCAUGACGAGCUUGAACGGCCAGGGAUUCAGCAUCACGCUCCUCAAUGUCGUCAACACCGACAUUGGCGGGCCGAGCAUGAUUGAGCUGUUGGAUGCUCCCAGCGAGGUCACCGGCUGGUCUGCACCUAUACAGAAGACGUCUUGGGAGGCAAAGAACACUGCCACGAGGACAGGCUCUGCUGGCGAGAACAUUGAGAUUGAGCCGAGCGGAUUGCGGAUGGACGCUCAGCACGCUACGAGUGUGCUUACGAAUGCGCUGGAGCGCGUGAUUGCGGCCGAGCCCGAGGUUACAAAGUACGAUACGGUUGUUGGCGACGGAGACUGUGGUAUUGGCCUCAAGAGAGGAGCCGAAGCCAUCUUGAAGCACAUUCAGCAGAAACCCCUGACGGGAGACGUCGUCGUUGACGUAGCGUCCAUAGUGCAGGUGGUAGAAACCGCCAUGGACGGCACAUCCGGCGCCUUAUACGCCAUCUUCCUCAACGCCCUCGUCCACGCUCUCCGCACCCUGGGCACAGGCGAGGCCGGCCCCUCGGUGUGGUCCGCCGCCCUGGAGCUCAGCUGCGAGGCCCUGUCCAAGUACACCCCUGCUCGACCUGGCGAUCGAACGCUCGUGGACGCGCUUUAUCCCUUUGUCGAGGUCUUGGGCCGGACUGGGGACGUGAAGAAGGCUGCGGAUGCGGCGAGGAAGGCCGCCGACGAGACAAAGGGCAUGCAGGCGAGCCUUGGGCGGUCGGUGUAUGUGGGCGGGAGCGGAUAUGAGCAGGUGCCUGAUCCCGGUGCUUGGGGAUUGGCCUGCUUUUUCUUGGGUCUGGGAGGCGUAAAGCCGACUGAAGAGGGCUGGGAAUCUAUCUGA